UGGAACACAUCAGCCAAUCACAAAUGAGCUGUCGUGUCCAAGAGAAUCUACGGGGAGCCACUUAGUUCAAAAACAGUCCAUAACUGCUAACAGUCGUCUAGUGCAACAAAAAUACGGCGCUUCUCGGAAAAGACAUUUAAAAAAAUGAGGAGCAGCUUCUGUGUCCUGCAGUGGGGAGGUGCGCUCCUCCUCCUCCUGUCCUCCUCCCUGUUACAUGUCCAUGCAGAGGUCCCACCCAUUGAGGAGCAGAUUGUGGGCAGUGCGGCUCACAUACCCAGCCACCACACGCGUCUGGACAAGAACAUAGUCCAGGAUCAGGACCACAUCAUGGAGCAUUUGGAAGGAGUCAUAGACAAACCAGAGAAAGACAUGACACCGCAAGAGCUGCAGCUGCAUUAUUUCAAAAUGCACGAUUAUGAUGGAAACAACCUGCUGGACGGUCUGGAGCUGGCCACAGCGAUCACACACGUCCACAAAGAGGAAAAAGGAGAGCACAGCCAACCCAUGAAGGAGGAGGAUCUUAUUGCUCUCAUUGACGACGUUUUAAAAGAUGAUGACAAAAACAACGACGGCUACAUCGAUUAUGCCGAGUUUGCCAAAUCUCUGGAGUAGAGUGGAUUCGGUUGGGAGGACUUGUCAGAAAAGGGAGAACAGCGUGAAGACACAGGAAAGAGCCAACCACAUCUUUGUUUCUGUCGCUCACGCCUGAUAAUCAGUCUGUAAUUUAAGCUGGUUCCUUUGUACCAGCUGUAGGAGCACAACUCGUCACUCUAGAAAUCAAAUCAACAAACGCGCUGGAACGGGGUCAUUCUGCAUUUCUGUGAGGUCCUGUCCGUUUCAGCUGUUUUCUACCAAAGUCCAACAGUCCAUAUUGAUCGGUUGUUAAAGCUAAAACUGAUGCUGCCUUCAUUUACCAGGCUGCUCUGUAGCGUUUACUAAAAUACUGUCAAAUUAACUCAAGUAUUUACACGUUCACAUGUAUUUCGAUGGACCAAACGAGGCCGUCUGAGAGGCCGCCGGUUCCGUAACGUCAGAAACGUGGCCUUCACUUGAUCCAGAACGAAUGAAGCUUGAACUGAUCCGAUGUUUCCUGUAUUUCCACAAUGAGCCCACCUUCAGUUGGUGCAGCCAGACCUCUCCUCCUUCCGCCUCUGAAGUGAGGCGGCGCCGCACUGACGUACGUCACUGCCGUGACAGUAAAGCACUUGAAUGUAACUCGUCUGUUUCACACGCUCGCUGCCUUUAAAACACGUCAGGUCAAAGUUCGUUGAAUCCAUCUGUGAUUUCUUCUGAAGUGUUUUUUCAUGUAGAUGAAUGCUAUAUUUUUGCCAUCCAUUGGUGAUUCUUCAGAUGUGGUUCAAUGGAAAAUAUUUAAAGAUAUAAAAAAAUAAAACUGGAGGAUGAAAAAAUAAAUCAGAGUCUAAUUUA